AAUUCACAAAUAAAUUUUCAUGCACUCUUCAGAAUUUGUGCUUUAAAACAAAAUAAAGUAAAUAUUUAGUGCUAAUUAAUGAAUUAACUAUCGUAACAGGUGUUUGGACACUAACAAUGCUACGAAGUGCAAUCUUGGCGUGUCGUGUAUUACAACCACUACAAGUUGCUCGCAAUGUUGGAAGAGUAUUCACUUACGAAUACAAGAGGAUUUGCACACCUAACCUCAAAAAUAUUUCUGUCAACUAUUUCAGUAGCGUUAACAUUCAGCCACUAGUAAAUAAUAAGCAGAUAUUAGAUAUAUCAAGCAACAUAACAGCUCCUCAAGUCAGAAGUGUUACUAAGUUUAGCUUGAGGAAGGGUAAGAGGAAAUCUGUUAAAGUUGUCUUGAAAAAGUUCUUCCGUUUGCACUGGGGCGCUUGGAUCAGGACCAAAGCCGGUAGAAACAAGAGGAGGUGGAAGAAAUCUCUUGCGAACCAACGUAGAGCAAGGCAGCAUGUUCUCUGUAAUUCUACUCAAAGUUACAUGCUCGAUAAAAUGGUUACCAAUUUUUGGAAGAAACCAAAGCAUUAUGUUGAAGAUCCUUAUGCACCCUACCACACGAGAGAAGAGUUCAUCUUCACUAAAAGAAAACCAAGAAUUGUGUAUUAGAAUUUAGUUUUUAUUUAUUUUAGUUCAAUAUAAUAUUGUAAUAGA